AUGGCGAAGAUGGAUGGUGCUAGUGACAACCCAUAUCUCGCACAUAUGGCACCACAUAUGCGAGGUGCAUCAAGCAAUUCCAAUGGAACUGGCAAGACGAAUGGUGGAAAGAGUCAUCCGCUGGAGGGCAUAAUUCCCCGGAAAGUGCGGGGAGAGCAGGCAAGAAAGUUGUUGGAUGGGGAUGUGAACCCCUUCACGAACAAACCAUAUUCCACACAAUUCAAAAAGAUCUUAGAGGCCCGGAAAAAGUUGCCUGUCUACGCGCAAAUGGACGAGUUCUUUCAACUUUUCAAUAACAAUCAAUGCGUGGUCAUGGUUGGUGAGACGGGGUCAGGGAAGACCACACAAAUACCGCAAUUUGUCGCGUACUCAGAUCUCCCACACACAAAGGGAAAACUGAUCGCGUGUACUCAGCCGCGACGAGUUGCCGCAAUGAGUGUUGCAAAGCGGGUAGCCGACGAAAUGGAUGUGCAACUCGGGAAAGAGGUUGGUUACUCCAUCCGUUUUGAGGAUAUGACAGAGCCUGGAACGACGUUCUUGAAGUAUAUGACGGAUGGUACACCCCAUACUUUCAGAUCUCCGAAUCUGGCACUGAUGCUCGCUCAGCGAUACUCCACCAUCAUUCUCGACGAAGCGCACGAGCGUACUCUUUCCACUGACAUCCUGAUGGGAUUGUUGAAGGAGAUUGCCAAAAAGCGGAAGGAUCUGAAGAUCAUUGUCAUGUCAGCGACGCUCGACGCGCUCAAGUUCCAGCGUUAUUUCGGCACUGUUCUUUCGGACGACGGCAAACUUGCACCGCUUCUCAAAGUGCCUGGCCGGACAUUCCCGGUGGAGACAUUCUAUACCCAAGAGCCGGAGCCAGACUAUGUUGAGGCUUCCAUUAGAACGGUGUUAAUGAUCCAUCAAGCCGAAGACCCAGGUGAUAUCCUCCUCUUCUUGACCGGGGAGGAGGAGAUUGAAGAUGCAUGUCGGAAGAUCAAACUGGAGGCCGAUGAUCUCGACCCGUCAACAGUCGGUCCUUUACUCGUUAUCCCACUCUACUCGUCUCUUCCGCCGGCGCAGCAACAGCGCAUCUUUCAGCCUGCACCUUCCCCUCGUACAACAGGUGGCCCACAAGGUCGAAAGAUCGUGGUGUCGACCAACAUCGCGGAAACAUCGCUCACGAUUGAUGGCAUUGUUUACGUUGUUGAUCCUGGCUUCUCGAAGCAGAAAGUCUACAAUCCUCGUAUUCGGGUGGAGUCUCUUCUCGUUUCGCCUAUCUCAAAGGCCUCUGCUCAGCAACGUGCUGGUCGCGCUGGCCGUACACGGCCCGGGAAAUGCUUCAGGCUGUACACGGAGAAGGACUUCAUUUCUCAGCUGGAGGAGCAGACGCACCCAGAAAUCCUUCGUUCGAAUCUCGCAAACACCGUGCUGCAAUUGGUGAAACUUGGUGUGACUGAUCUUGUGCACUUCGAUUAUAUGGAUGCUCCGGCACCCGAGAGUAUUAUGCGCGCGCUCGAGAUGCUCAAUUAUCUCACUUGUCUGGAUGAUGAGGGUAAUCUGACGCCCCUUGGUGGCAUGGCUGCCGAGUUCCCCUUGGAUCCACAACUCUCAAAGAUGCUCAUCGUAUCGCCUGAGUUUAAGUGUAGCAACGAGAUAUUGACCAUUGCGGCGAUGCUCUCAGUUCCGAAUGUCUAUACACGGCCGCCUAACAUGAGGAAGGAGGCCGAUGCUGCUAAGGCCUUGCUGGCAGUUCCUGACGGGGACCAUUUGAGUUUGCUGAAUGUGUACAACAACUACAUGCAGAGUAUGUCACUAUUCCAAGGAAGGAAGCAACGAAUUGUGACACUAGCAUACUCAGAUGAAGGUGACAAAAAUUGGCUGUGGAACAAUUUUCUCAACGGGCGUGCCCUUGCACAAGCACAAAACGUUCGCACUCAGCUACAAAGAACCAUGGAAAGAUUCGAUCUCGAGCUGAUUUCCAGCACCGAUCAGCGAACCUUCUACGUCAAUAUCCGCAAGGCGCUAACGUGUGGUUUCUUCAUGCAAGUGGCUCACAAGGAGGGCGAGAAAAACAACUACUUAACAGUCAAGGAUAACCAAGUCGUCGCGUUACAUCCCUCAUGUGGACUUGACACACAACCCGAGUGGGUGUUAUUCAAUGAAUUCGUUCUGACAACACGAUCCUAUAUCCGGACUGUCACCGAGAUUCGGCCUGAGUGGUUAUUGGAAUUUGCGCCCACGUAUUACGACGUCAAGACAUUCCCCGAUGGUGAGACGAAGCGGAGUUUGCUUCGCAUACUUCAGAAACGUCAGGGAAGGGCGAUGGCGAGUGUGGAGAACGGACGAGAGAAGAAACGCAGACGCCAGCAAUAG